CCUUGCUUGUCAUGUCUGGUAUCGGAUAAAGAUUCUUUGGAUGAGUGACAGAAAUGGAUGAGCCAGGAGCUGUCCGAGGUGCUGAGAGGAACGCUAAGUGGCUGAGUCGAAGAUAGCUGUCUGACAAUAAGAACAGGACCUGUACAUUAGCUACUACUGAAGCACAGCACAAUGGAUAUGAGGCCAGUCAUUGUAGUCCAUGGUGGUGCAUGGGCAAUACCGGAUCAUCUUGCAGAAAGCAGCACAAAUGGAGUUAAAAAUGCCGUUACCCGUGGAUUUUCCAUACUUGCUAAUGGUGGUAAUUCUCUGCAAGCUGUAGAAGCCACUGUGCGAAUCCUAGAAGACAACAUAGCAUUUGAUGCAGGUCAUGGGGCUGUGUUGAAUGCGGACGGUGAUGUGGAACUUGAUGCAAUUAUAAUGGAUGGCACAAAUCUUGCUGUAGGUGCAGUUUCUUGCAUCAAGAGUAUUGCUAACCCAGUCAUGUUUGCACGCACGAUCAUGGAACAGACUCCGCAUGUUAUGCUUACCGGAAGUGGAGCAAAUAAGUUUGCGGAAAAGAUGAAUAUUAAAAAAGUACCAGCAGAGGAAUUAGUAACUGAAAAUGCUGUUAAAGAAUGGGAACAAUACCAAAAGUAUAAGCAGAGUGUUACAAGUCUUUUUAAUACCGAAAGGAUGCAUGAUACUGUUGGUGCUGUAGCAAUUGAUCACAAGGGCAACAUAGCCUGUGCUACAUCAACUGGUGGAAUAACAAAUAAAAUGGUUGGACGGGUCGGAGACAGCCCAAUUAUAGGGUCUGGAGCAUAUGCAGACAAUUUUAUUGGGGCAGUGUCUACAACUGGUCAUGGAGAAUCUAUCAUGAAAGUUAUGCUUGCAAGAAAAGUACUUUUUAAUAUGGAAAAAGGUGAGACUCCACAAAGUGCUGCGGACCAGGCUCUGGAAUAUAUGAAGAACAAGGUACAAGGCAGAGGAGGAUUAAUAGUUGUUAGUAAGUCUGGAGAAUGGGCAGCAAGAUUUACCACAAAAAGAAUGGCAUGGGCUAGUAUUGCAAAUAAUAUAUUAAACUAUGGACUGAAUCCUGGAGAAAAUUUCCAAGAAAAAUUUGACUUAAAUAUGUAAGAUAAGAUGAAAAAUUCUACUACUUCUAAUGUACAAGUUUAACCCUGUAUUAGCCGAAGCUAUAAUGCCGGUAACUUAAAUAAAGCAAAUUUCACCUGCAAUAUCAAGUGUUUUUUUUAACAUCAUUGAAGUAUUAUAAAUAAAUAUACCAUAUCAUAAGUUUGACUAACACAGAGCUAAAGAAGCACUCCAUUAUUUUUUUUGCCUAUAUCAUGCAGACUCACCAUCAAUAGGUCUACAGGGCUAUUUGUGUUUUUUUUUUUCAGCGUAGCUGCACCCAUGUAUUUUAUUACUCUACUUUGGUCAUGUGACCCCAUGUGAUCCAGCUCCAUCUGCUAUUUCUAGGGGAUCAGGAUAUAUUAUAAUUAUAUACCUCCCCUGAGGCAGUGUUCACACAUUGCAUUGCUUGCUGUUUUUUUCUGUUCUUGCUGUGAUUAUCCGUAAAUCAUGACAAAAUUGAGAUUGUAGCACAAUUGUGCAAAAAAAUGGCAAAAUUGAUAUAUAAAAAAACACUGUUAAAAUGCGGUAAAUUGUGUGAAAAAUGCAAUAAAAAU